AUGCCUAGGCCGAACCACCGCGCCAAGUUAGCCGAACUGGCCGCCUUGCGAAAGGCAGGCAAGAAAGCGUUCGAGACCUACCAGGUGGACGACGUCGAUGAUGUAUUUGAUGAAGUUGACGAGGCCGGCUACAAGAAACUCGUUCGAGAACGUUUGAACGAGGACGAUUUUGUUGUCGACGAUAAUGGCGAGGGCUACGCUGAUGAUGGCCGCGAAGACUGGGACCGUGAAGAUCAACGGUACGACUCGGAUAGUGAAGCAGAGGAUGUUCACAGAAAAGGACGCCCGAGCAAGGCUGCCAAAAGGGCUCGCCAGGAGGAACAAGCAAAGCGGGACGCCAACGACCGCGAUAUUAGCGAAUAUUUCACAAAGAACAAGCCACAAGCGAAGCCCAAGAUCGUGAAGACACAGGACGAUGAUGAUUUCAUGGCAGGCCUCCUCGGCGAGGUCGAUACAAACAUACCAGCACCAGCACCCAGGCUACCCAAACACGAAAGGUCGGGCGAGCGUCGUAAGGCGAGGGCACUGUCACCGGCACCCGAACCUACGUCAAAGAAGAGAAAGUCCACAGCGGGUCUUUUGCCGUCAUCUCCUCCCGUGCCAGCGGUUCGUUUCGACGUCGAAGACGACGACGAUGACAGUCACAUGCCCCCGGUUUUCGACAACGAGCCUCAAAGCAUACUGGAUGUACCGAUGAGCGACCCCGCCCCAUCUUCUCCGGCAGCUAAAGUUGCUGAACGAAUGGCGCACAUUAAGAAGGAGCCAAAAAUCGACGAAGACGAAGACGAGGACGAGGACAUGAUGGAAGUAGCUCAAUUGGGCGGCAUCGCCACAGCGAGCGUGAAUCUCGCCGGCUCUCGAGUCGUCAAGAAAAUCAUCAAGGAGGAACCGCAGCUCCCUUCUCAGAUCACAUCAUUCCCAACCAAAAUGCCCGAGGCAGCUGUUGAUUCGUCAGAAUGGAACAAGCUCAACGACAGACUUAAUGUGGUCGACAAUUCUCAGCCCGAAACGAAAACUGUUGGCAAGAUCGACCACCAGGAUGCGGUAGAAGAUGAUGGAAGCAUCAACUUUUUCUGGACAGACUAUACCGAGAUCAAUGGCAGCCUCUGCUUGUACGGCAAGGUUCUGAACAAAAAGACGAACAGCUAUGUCAGCUGCUUUGUCAAGGUUGACAAUAUUCUGAGGAAGCUCUUCUUCCUACCACGACCCCAACGCCUCGCUGGCGAGGACGCUGGCGAGGACAUUGAAAUGAUGGAUGUCUAUACCGAGGUCGAUGAGAUGAUGACCAAGAUGAAUGUCGGCAUGUACAAGAUCAAGGAGUGCACACGCAAGUACGCCUUUGAACUGCCGGACGUGCCAAAAGAGGCAAAGUACCUGAAGCUGCUAUACCCUUACACAAAGCCUCAGCUGGACAGCAACACCCAAGGCGAAACGUUCUCCCGCGUUUUCGGCACUAACACCAACCUAUUCGAGCAAUUUGUCCUCUGGAAAAACAUCAUGGGUCCUUGCUGGCUGAAGAUUCAGGAUGCCGAUUUCGGGGCCAUCAAAAACGCUUCCCAUUGUAAGCUUGAGGUUCUCGCUGAGCAUCCUGAUAUGGUGUCAGUGGUGAGCGAGUCGGACAACCUGGAUGCGCCUCCUCUGACACUCAUGAGCGUGGCCUUAAGGACCGUUUUUAACCACAAAGACAACAAGCAGGAAAUUCUGGCCAUCAGUGCGAGAGUGUACGAGAAGGUGUCCUUGAGUGACACGACACCCGCUGAGAAGCUACCAUGCCGGACGUUCACCGUGAUGCGCCCGCAUGGACAGGCAUUCCCUAUAGGAUUCGAUCAACUUGUGAAGAAAAGAAACCGCGCCCCCCUCAUCCUCAAGAAAUCGGAACCCGAGAUACUCAGCUACUUCCUGGCGCAAAUGGAUCUCACAGACCCCGACUUCAUCCUUGGCCACCAACUUGAGGGCGUGGAUUACAGCGUGCUUCUGAAUCGUCUGCACGAAAAGAAGAUCCACCAGUGGUCAAGAGUGGGCAGGCUCCGAAGAACCCAGUGGCCUCAUUCGAUCACCAAGGUCGGUGGCAAUGUGUUUGCGGAACGCCAGAUCAUGUCAGGCCGCUUGCUAUGUGACCUGGCCAAUGACAUGGGCAAAUCAGUCAUGAAUAAGUGCCAGACCUGGAGCUUAACAGAGAUGUGCAGCCUGUAUCUCUCCGGAGACAACCGUCGGCGUGACGUUGACAGUGAGGUUGCACUCAACAGCUGGGGGAAAGACAAACAGGGCCUCAUGGACUAUGUCACUCACUUAGAAGCAGACACCCACUACAUCGCGGCUUUAGCCGUGGGCACCCAGCUUCUACCUUUGACCAAAGUCUUGACCAACCUGGCUGGUAACUCCUGGGCACGCACUCUGACAGGUACGCGGGCGGAGCGAAACGAAUACAUUUUGCUGCACGAGUUUCAUCGUGGCAAGUAUAUUUGCCCGGACAAGCAAUCCUUCAAGAGCCGCGUGCAGGCGGACAAUGAAAACAACGAGGAGGCGUCAGCAGAAGGCAAGAAGAAGGACAAGUACAAAGGUGGACUUGUUUUUGAGCCUGCAAAGGGACUCUAUGACAAGUUUGUUCUGGUCAUGGACUUCAAUUCACUGUACCCUUCAAUCAUCCAGGAGUACAACAUCUGUUUCACAACCGUUGACAGAUUCUCCGUUAAAGACACCGAGGACUCGGUGCCAGCGGUGCCCGCUGAUCAGGACCAAGGCAUCUUCCCUCGGCUCAUUGCCACAUUAGUGCAACGUCGUCGUGCAGUCAAGAGCCUAAUGAAGGACAAGAAGGCGUCCCCAGAAGAGCUCGCUACUUGGGACAUCAAGCAACUUGCUUUGAAGCUUACCGCCAACUCUAUGUAUGGCUGCCUCGGCUAUCCCAAGUCGCGGUUCUACGCUCGGCCUCUGGCUGAAUUAACCACAUCGAAAGGCCGAGAGAUUCUCCUCAGCACUAAGGAGUUGGCAGAAGGCAAGUCGUUGCAAGUCAUUUAUGGUGACACUGAUUCCGUCAUGAUCAAUGCCAAUGUCGACUCAAUCGGCGAUGCUUUCAAGGUCGGCCAUGAGUUCAAGAAGGCUGUCAACGAUCAGUACAAGCUUCUCGAGAUUGACAUCGACAAUGUCUUUCGGAGGAUCCUGCUUCAAGCCAAGAAGAAGUAUGCUGCUAUUAACUUGGUCGAAAAGGAUGGCAAGUUCAUUGAGAAGAUGGAGGUCAAAGGCUUGGACAUGCGUCGUCGUGAAUACUGCGCACUGUCCAAAGAAAUCUCGAAAUAUCUUCUCGACGAGAUUCUGUCGGGCAACGAGACCGAAACCACAGUGGCUCACAUCCACGAGUAUCUCCGCGAGAUUGCUACGAAAAUGCGGGAGCAGCAGGUUCCGACAGCCAAGUACAUCAUUUACACGCAACUCGGCAAGUCACCGGAAGCGUAUCCCAACGGCGACACCAUGCCCCAGGUGCAAGUCGCGCUUCGUGACAUAGCGCGAGGCAAGACCGUACGCAAGGGCGAUGUGAUAUCCUACAUCAUCACUGGCGACAGCAAGGGUUCUGAGCCUGCACCAAAGCGAGCCUAUGCCCCCGCCGAUCUCAAAUCAGAUACAACCUUGCUGCCUGAUGUAGAAUGGUAUAUCGGCAAGCAGAUAUUCCCGCCUGUGGAGCGUCUGUGUGCCAAUAUCCUUGGCACGUCGACUUCACAACUUGCUGAACAGCUUGGCCUGGAUAUACGCAAAUAUAGCUCGCUCCAGACGCAGCAAAACAGCUCCGCCGACGAUCUUGAGAUCCACCCUCUGGAGUCACAAAUCCCUGAUGAUGUGCGCUUUGCCGAUUGCGCCCGCCUCUCCCUACGCUGCCGCAAAUGCAAGGCAUCCUCAGGAUUCGAAGGUCUGCUGGGCUCCAUGAGCCGCGUCUCUGCCAGCGGCAUACUCUGUACUGGAUGCGGCGCCAUAAUUCCUACACUUUCGAUCGUUGCGCAAGUUGAGCACGCUAUCCGAUCUCACACAACCCGGUACUACGAAGGGUGGCUUGCCUGCAACGACUCUCAAUGCGGUAAUCGCACUCGUCAAAUGAGCGUUUACGGCGCACGCUGUCUUGGUCCCAACGGUCUCGCGAGCGGCUGCUUGGGUCGUAUGCGUUACGAGUACACGGAGAAGGCUAUUUACAACCAGCUCGUCUACUUUGCCAGUCUGUGGGACGUGGACCGCGCGAAGACCAAUGCGACUGAGGAUGCUGACAAGAUCAUGGCGCUGGCAGAGCACAAUCGUGUAAGGUUCAGCACGGUGAAGGGUGUAGUGGACAAGUACCUAGACAAGUGCGGUCGGCAAUGGGUCCAGAUGGAUACGCUAUUCUCCAAACUUGGCUUCAGCAAGUUGAUUGCCGUCUAA